GGUGGAUAGAGCGCAGAACGAAUCACUCUGAUUGCUGUCGCUGUUGGAUUUACACGUCUGAUUGCUCCGAACCGCCAAACCUAACCCAAACAAAAUGUGUGACGAAGAAGCAUCAGCCCUGGUGGUGGACAACGGAUCCGGAAUGUGCAAGGCCGGAUUCGCCGGAGACGACGCGCCCCGCGCCGUAUUCCCCUCGAUCGUGGGCCGUCCCCGUCAUCAGGGCGUCAUGGUGGGCAUGGGUCAGAAGGACUGCUACGUGGGUGACGAGGCGCAGAGCAAGCGAGGUAUCCUCUCCCUGAAGUACCCCAUCGAACACGGCAUCAUCACCAACUGGGACGACAUGGAGAAGGUCUGGCAUCACACCUUCUACAACGAGCUGCGCGUGGCCCCCGAGGAGCACCCCGUCCUGCUGACCGAGGCCCCCCUCAACCCCAAGGCUAACCGCGAGAAGAUGACCCAGAUCAUGUUCGAGACCUUCAACUCGCCUGCCAUGUAUGUUGCCAUCCAGGCCGUGCUCUCCCUGUACGCCUCCGGCCGUACCACCGGCAUCGUGCUCGACUCCGGUGACGGCGUCUCCCACACCGUGCCCAUCUAUGAGGGCUACGCUUUGCCCCACGCCAUCCUCCGAUUGGAUCUGGCCGGUCGCGAUCUGACCGACUACCUGAUGAAGAUCCUCACCGAGCGCGGCUACUCCUUCACCACCACCGCCGAGCGUGAGAUCGUGCGCGACAUCAAGGAGAAGCUCUGCUACGUGGCCCUGGACUUUGAGCAGGAAAUGGCCACCGCUGCCGCCUCCACCUCCCUGGAGAAAUCCUAUGAGCUUCCCGACGGUCAGGUGAUCACCAUCGGAAACGAGCGCUUCCGCACCCCGGAGGCCCUCUUCCAGCCCUCUUUCCUGGGCAUGGAGUCUUGCGGCAUCCACGAAACCGUCUACCAGUCUAUCAUGAAGUGCGACGUCGACAUCCGCAAGGAUCUCUAUGCCAACAAUGUGCUGUCCGGCGGUACCACCAUGUAUCCAGGUAUUGCUGAUCGUAUGCAGAAGGAGAUCACCGCCCUGGCCCCAUCGACCAUCAAGAUCAAGAUCAUUGCCCCACCUGAGCGCAAGUACUCCGUCUGGAUCGGCGGGUCCAUCCUGGCCUCGCUGUCCACCUUCCAGCAGAUGUGGAUCUCGAAGCAGGAGUACGACGAGUCCGGCCCCGGCAUCGUCCACCGCAAGUGCUUCUAAGCACUUGACCAUCCUGGCCAGAAUUAACAUCAUCUCCUCGACGGCGUGUCUGGUGUUUGUCUCUCGCAUAAGACACUCGCCCAGACACUGCCCCCCAGGAAGAGGACGCAGACGCAGUUCAGUGAAAAGUAUCUUUAAAAUUACAUUUAGUUGAUGAAGAAGUUUUAACAUUUAGAGAAAACAAGAGAAAGAGAAAAAGAAAGACCAGAAACGAGCGGGCAACGCCUUCUUUUUAUUACUCGUACCAUUGAUAUUUUUAUUUGAUUUGACUCGGAAUUCCCAUUGCCAUUGCCUGAUUCGCCACCCAGAGAUGAUGGCGAUGAUGAAAAAGUCUCGAAACAAUCGGUUGUAACGUGCAAUAAAAACCAAUAACCCAUGUGAA